AUGAAGGAGAUCAACAUUAAAGAAGGCAACACAAUUGAGCAUCUGAAAGCGGACCUUGAAGAGAUCAAAUCUGAACAGGAAGCCUUCAAAAACCGGAAUACUGAACUAAAGGAUGAAAUCCGAUCCAUGCGCACACAACUCAGUGCCUAUUCUGGCUCUAUCCCGGCUGGUUCUACUCCCUCCCCUAGAUCAUGGGCAUGUAUGGCUGCCAGCGGUGGAACAGCCAGAACCGAGACGAACUAUCAGGAUCGACAAAGACUAGGAAUCCGAAGGAAAACCCCAACUAUGUCCGAAUCAGCACACAACCUAGGCUCGCCAACGAUUAUGGAAGAGAAUAACCUGGCCAUGAAAUGGUUCCACAUUAACGAGAUUGUAUGGAUGAAGACGCCCGACAAGCUGCUGAGCAUGAACGCCUCAUUGGGGAUAUGGCUGGACACGCCGGACGCGGCAGAAUAG